AUGAAGCAGCUACAAGAUGGAGAACUGGAGGAAGUGAUGAAAUCUGUGGUAGAAUGGACAUACAUAUAUUUUGGUCUGUUCAGAGACACCUGGAGGUGGUCAGAUGGAAGCAGUUUCUCUUUCAGACACUGGAAUAAAUGGGUAAACAAUGAGAGAACCAACAGUGUUCGAUGUGCUGUGGCUGGGAUUGAUGAUGAAGGCAGAUGGAAGAAUGACAGCUGUGAUCAGAAAAAACCCUUCAUCUGUUAUGAUGAUAAAGUGAUCCUGGUCAAAGAAAAUAAAACCUGGGAGGAUGCCUUAUACUACUGCAGAGAUCACUUCCAUGACCUGGUCACCAUCACCAGCCUGGAUGAGCAGAGAUGGAUCCAGGAGAAAGCCAAGAACGCCUCGACUGAUUAUGUCUGGAUGGGACUCCACUACGCCUGCACUCUGGAUUUGUGGUUCUGGGUCAGUGAUGAGGUGGUCAGGUAUAAGAACUGGGCCUCAGGGGAACCAGUGGAUGACUGUGACAUGUCUGGAGCCAUGGAGACACGAGGAGGACAUAAGUGGAGGAAAAUAAAUGAUCUAGAGAAGUUUAACUUCAUCUGUUCUAAGGAAUAACACUGAUUGUUUUAUAGAUUAUUUGUGUUGCUUUAUUCUGUGAUACUGAGGAUUUUGUGC